GCCCCAUACCUUAAUGAAUUUAACUUAACUACUGCUCUUCUUUAGAGCGAUUGGUGGUACCCGAAGACGUUAAAUGAAUAUCGUCGUCGACGUGAUGCAGCGCGAGUACACAACAAAACAAUAACAAUUGCAAAUGAAAACUUGAAUCCAUUUCCAUAUAUUGAAUUAGUCCAUCAACAAUUUCAACUAUUGAGUAGUAAAACAAUGUAG